AUGCGACGCCGGAGCCCACCAUCCCCUAUCACCCUCCUCCCAGCCCACAUACCCACACCGCCUCGAGGAGCGCCCAAGUAUCACCUGCCCGUCAUGCCCCGCCUCAUACCACUCAUCGACACCGUCGGACCCCGGCUGCGCAUACACGCAUUCACGACCGCCCCAUCUUCUCUUCCGGUCGGCGGAAAGAGCGAGCCCGCGCGGAUGGGCUGCACAACCGUCAUCGUCCCGGCGCCAGAACGUGGUACCACACCUCGCAGUGUCCGAGGAAGGGACUACCAGAUGUCGAACGAUGGAGCGGGAAGGGAGUUUGGGAAGACGGGAGGGGUAGUGAGGGCCAGACCGCCUUGGCUGGCGUCGAGAGGGUUGGAGGAGGCGGCGAGGGCGAGAGCAGACAUCGGGGUGCUGGCGCCUUUACAAGAGGCAAGGGUGAGAGGAAGCAAGUGA